AAAUGCACCGGGCGUGUGCGCAGCGAACUACAUUUCCAUGGGUUCUUUGCGGCAGGUGUGGCUGGAGCCCUGUACACGGAUGUGAGAUUAUAGGAACUUUUUGAGGCCGGUACAGGAAGUGAAGCGGCGCGAGUGGGACCAGGAAGUGGCCAAGAGACGGUACAGAUUGACUACAUGAAGAAUGCAGACAAUAAAGUGUGUUGUUGUUGGUGAUGGAGCAGUUGGGAAAACCUGCCUCCUUAUCAGUUAUACCACCAAUGCCUUUCCAGAGGAAUAUAUUCCUACCGUAUUUGACAAUUACAGUGCCCAGAUGACAGUGGAUGGUAGAACGGUUAGCCUCAACUUAUGGGACACAGCUGGCCAAGAAGAGUAUGACCGCCUGCGAACCCUAUCCUACCCUCAGACCAAUGUCUUCAUUAUCUGCUUCUCUAUCGGAAGCCCGUCUUCCCAUGCCAAUGUGCGGCACAAAUGGCACCCGGAGGUUUCCCACCAUUGCCCCAAUGUGCCAAUUUUACUUGUAGGUACCAAGCAAGAUCUUCGAAAUGAUACAGAAACUAUAAAGAAGUUAAAGGAGCAGAGUCUUGCACCCACAACACACCAGCAAGGUUCAUCUCUUGCUAAACAGAUAGGUGCCGUAAGGUAUAUGGAGUGCUCUGCUCUGCACCAGCAAGGCAUAAGGCAAGUCUUUGAAGAAGCUGUCCGUGCGGUUUUUUAUCCUGUGACAAAAAAAAAUCCAAAGAAGUGCAUCCUGCUAUAGUAGUAACUGCUGGCCAUCCAAAUGCUGAUAAAGAUGAGUUUUUAGCACAUUAUUUUGGGUAAUACCUCUUUUAUCCUCAGUUUGCACUAACAGCUCAUGAUUGAUAUGGGUUGCAUGGAGAAGAACCUGCUGCCUCUAGUUUUUCUGACAACGAAUGUGCGAGCGAACUAAUAUAACGUAUGAAGCAGUGGUUUGACCAGAACGCAAGUUGUACUGUACAUGGAUAACCUCAGAGAGCUUACAUAUGCCAGCCUUGCACUUCUGACUUUUUUGUUUGUAUUUUUUUAAUUCAUCAUUGCUGCCAUAGACUGACUCCCUACUUCCUGUGGAACACUUACUAAUAUUUUUUACUGAUUUCCUUACUUUUUCACUAUUAAAGCUUAACAGUGCAAUCUGUUCUAUAUUUGCAGAAUGUGCUUCAGAAAUUGAAAUGCAUUGUGCUUUACUAUAAGUGACUGACAUUUUGGACUAAAAAAACUAUUCUGCUAGAUCCCUCUUAAAAUUGCUAACAAAGAAAACUGUAAACUUUCCCACCAAAGGAAUGGCGUUUUUAGCCUGGAUCCAAACACAAGCAAAACCCUGUUUUUCUCACGUGUUGUCUUAAAACUCAGGGCUUAAUAGUUGUAAAACUGUUUUCUUUUGGGAAAAGGUAGACCUUUCCAGGAUAUCUGUCAUUGGGAAAAAGAGGUUUUAUUUAUUGCACGGUUAUUUAUGCUGUUUACCAUGCUGUCAAUCUCAUCAUCUGAAGCUUUCAGAAGUCCGUUGUACAGGCAUGGAUUCUAUUAGCCAGAAUGCCUGGGUCCGGAGUUUUCCAGAUAAGCAGUCUUUUCCAUAUGGAGCACCAUGCCUUAAGGUUAUUAAAGGUCAACUAAAAGUAGAAUCACUGUGGGGACUGAUUAAUCAUAGUUAUUCUAGCUUUUUACUUACCAAAGGUUGGCACUCUUCUCAAAUUGCACAGGCCUUGUGCACUACCAUAUUGUUUCUGUUUCGUAGGCAUUGCCUGGGCCAUUGAACAAGCAGUACAGAACUACUUUGCUGUUUCUGUUCAUGUGAUCUGCUUCAAUAGGUGCUGGGUAUGCUUUAAAACCAGAACAGUAUGGCAAAAGGGGGAGUUUUACCUUGGGCAAAUGAGUGCCCCAUUUCUAAGCUUUCUGGAUAAUAGAUCCCCAUACCUGUAAUCUCUCCAUUAUUGUUGACACAACACUAUUUUAUGAAGGAGCAAUCUUCUGUUCCAGUGCUGUAGACAUUAUCUAGGGAAUUGGCUGGUUAUUAGGUAUACCACCUUUUGGGGGUGGCUUUAAAUGAUGAUGAUGUAUAAGAAAUUCAGUUGAACUUUGGCCAAGCUGGCAGCCAUACACCAUUUUUGAUGGACAACACCUUUCUAACUAUAUGUGCCCAGAUAUGCUGCUAUUAUCUCUCUGCUAGCGAUGGGAAAGCAGCAUUGUCUAUUCUAAAAGUUACCCAACUUUGCUUUUUAUAGACUUGCUAAAAUGUAAAAUAUAAUAUAUUUUUGGUACUACGCAACAAGGGUGUCUAUGCUUCAGCACAGCCUUUAAUUUCCACCAUAGUCAAUUUCCUUUAAUAGAAGUUAGGGUUAUUUUAGUGAGCUGCACCCUGAAUAAUUCCAUGGUUAUAGAUGGGUCAGGUUUUAGUUAUAUUACUGCUUUAGCACAAACAAAUCCAACAAAGCAGCCCAUUCCCUAAUUGUAAACAUCAGAAUAUUUUAUAUCUGCCACGUUAAAGGGACAAUAUACCCCACUUUCUCUGUGUUCUUGUUAACAUUCUGCUGAACAUCUAGGCAGAGGUUACUCCCUGCACAAGGCUUAUUUAUUUUCAUAUUUAUAUUUAUGUGAAAGAUACCAUAUUGCAUUAAAUAUUUUACAAAGACUAACCUGAACCAAACAUGUCUCCAACGUGGGAGUAUCAAGGUUUUACUUGGCAAGAAAAGCAAUUCUCAGCUUUAAAAUCAGUAACUGAACAGUCUGUCUUUUUAACAUUACCGUAUAAAGGGAGCAAAACAA